ACUACUGGUAAAAUUCUCAGCAAACAUGUAGACCAGGUCCAGUUGAAAUCAUCUAGUUCCGGGCUUCCAGCUCCCCCACCAAGCACCACUGCCUAUAUCAGCUCAGCUCUGAAGCUCCUUCCACUCAGGAGCUGGUACCUACCAUCCUUCCAUCCUUGCAGUCUCGCGCAUAGCUCCGGCUCCACCAACCCAGCACCAGCAAGCUUCUUGCCCCUGCCUGCACAGAGCUCCAGCACGACACGCCUCCCGCCUCCGCCAGGAAGGAGAUGGGGUCGCUGACGACGGAGCCGCCGGCCGAGACGGUGUUCCGCUCGACGCUCCCGGACAUCGCCAUCCCGGACCACCUCCCGCUCCACGACUACGUCUUCGAGCGCCUGGCCGACCGCCGCGACCGCGCCUGCCUCAUCGACGGGGCCACGGGGGAGGUGCUCACGUUCGGCGACGUGGACCGCCUGUCGCGCCGCGUGGCGGUGGGGAUGCGCGCCGCGCUCGGCGUGCGCCCCGGCGGCACGGUGAUGCUGCUGCUCCCCAACUCCGUCGAGUUCGCGCUGGCGUUCCUCGCAUGCUCCCGCCUCGGCGCCGCCACCACCACGGCCAACCCGCUCCACACCCCGCCCGAGAUCGCCAAGCAGGCCGCCGCCUCCGGCGCCACCAUCGUCGUCACCGAGCCGGCGUUCGUCGCCAAGGUGCGCGGGCUCGCCGGCGUCGCCGUCGUCGCCACGGGCGACGGCGCCGAGGGGUGCGUCUCGUUCGCCGACCUCGCCGCCGCCCACGACGAACCGGCGGCGCCGCCGGAGGAGGCGGCUAUCGACGUGGUGAACGACGUGGUCGCGCUGCCGUACUCGUCCGGCACGACGGGGCUGCCCAAGGGGGUCAUGCUGUCGCACCGCGGGCUGGUGACCAGCGUGGCGCAGCUCGUCGACGGCGACAACCCGAACCUCCACCUCCGGGAGGACGACGUCGUCCUCUGCGUCCUGCCCAUGUUCCACGUGUACUCGCUGCACUCCAUCCUCCUCUGCGGGAUGCGCGCCGGCGCGGCGCUCGUGAUCAUGAAGCGCUUCGACACCGCCCGGAUGUUCGAGCUCGUGGAGCGGCACGGCGUCACGAUCGCGCCGCUCGUGCCGCCCAUCGUGGUGGAGAUGGCCAAGAGCGACGCCAUCGACCGCCACGACCUCUCCUCGGUGCGCAUGGUCAUCUCCGGCGCCGCGCCCAUGGGCAAGGAGCUGCAGGACCUCCUGCGCGCUAAGCUCCCUCGCGCCGUGCUCGGACAGGGCUAUGGGAUGACAGAGGCAGGGCCGGUGCUCUCGAUGUGCAUGGCAUUUGCCAAGGAGCCCUUGCCGGUGAAGUCCGGCGCCUGCGGCACGGUGGUGAGGAACGCCGAGCUCAAGAUCAUCGACCCGGAGACCGGCCUGUCCCUCCCCCGCAACCAGCCCGGGGAGAUUUGCAUCAGGGGCAAGCAGAUAAUGAAAGGGUACCUGAACAACCCGGAAGCCACGGCGAAGACCAUCGACGCGGAGGGGUGGCUGCACACCGGCGACAUUGGGUACGUCGACGACGACGAGGAGAUCUUCAUCGUGGACCGGCUCAAGGAGCUCAUCAAGUACAAGGGGUUCCAGGUCGCCCCCGCGGAGCUCGAGGCCAUGCUCAUCGCGCACCCCGGCAUCGCCGACGCCGCCGUCGUCCCGAUGAAGGAUGACUCCUGCGGCGAGAUCCCGGUGGCGUUCGUCGUGGCGUCCGACGGCUUCGACAUCACCGAGGACGAGAUCAAGCAGUACGUGGCAAAACAGGUUGUGUUCUACAAGAGGCUGCACAAGAUUUUCUUUGUGGAGACUAUCCCGAAGGCGCCAUCUGGCAAAAUUUUGAGGAAGGACCUGAGAGCCAAGUUGGCGGCGUGCUGAUGGUCCUGAGCUGUUCCUGUGCGAAAGCGACCUGGUUUUAGUAGAUUUUAUUAGUCUGAUCAUGCUAAAAGGAUAUACAGAAAAGGGUGUAAGCAAGAACCAAUCAACCAUGUACAAGAAGUAUGUUAUCUUAUCUGGAUAUAUAGAAAUGGGAGCUGUGAUUUCGCUAGUA